CACAAAAUGAAGUAUCUCGCUCGUCGCUGACUGCCUGUUCGUGACCGCCGUCUCAACUUCCUCUUCUUUGUUCGACUCUCUGGUUCGACUCGUGAUGCAAAGGAAAGUGCAAAACAAGAUAUCUCAAAAAUGACAAAAUAAAAGUUUGUGAAAAUGGUGAAUUUUAACAAGGCUUGCAGCUCUUUUGCCGCUGCAGUUCUUGAAUAUGAUACGAAUAAGAUUGUUCAUAUAAAAAGCAAGAAAGUUGGUGCGAUCAAUCGAAUAAUUCAACUUGCGAUCAUCGGAUAUGUAAUCGGGUAAGACACUAUAGUUUUGUAAUUUAAUAUAAAUAGAAUAGUAGGUCAUUGUUUCAUUGACCUCUUUAGGCCAUAUGGCAAAAAUUUGAUGUGAGCUUGCGGGCACACAUACAAAUAGCAUUGUAUUGCAAAUAUCUGGGAUUUAAUUGGUAUUAUUUGUGGUUUUUGAUCAGUUCUUUUGGUCAGAUCAAGUUGUGCUUCAAAUUGCUGUUUUUUAUAUCAUGUUUGUUGUCUGGGCAUGUGUGCUAUUUUCCCACGUGACAUGCGCAUGCAGGAUGUCAACAUAGCUGUCAACAUAGCUUGUUCACCACAGUUGAACAUGAGGACAUUCUCCGAUCCCCGAGUGUGCUUUCUCGAUUUUUCAUGUUUAAAUGGCAGAAUUGAAAGUGAAAAUUUCACAUUGUUUGGAAUCUUUGGACAUAUACAGUCUGCUCAAUUUACAGCAUUUUGAAAAUUUUGUUUUUCCUGGAAUUUGCAUGUGCUGCAUUGAAACAUUUUCAUUGGGAGCAACAGUAGCAAACAGUAGAACUUCAAUGUUUCGAGUGACAUCACUUCAUUAGUGAACAGCCUUCAUUCGAAACGCCUAUAUUCUGCUUAUAUUUUCAGGUAUUAAUGUUUGUAAUGUUAUUUAUAUCAUAGCAUUAUACAAAGUUUCAAUGCUUUUAUACAUAUAUCGAAUGUCACGAAACAUGCAUGGACUCAAGAUCAUCUAAUUGACUUUGCCAAUGCUAAUUUAAAGUAAUUUAGACAAGGGAAAUCAUAGGAACCUUAAAGGAACACCCGGUUUGACUGUAAAGUGCACAAAGAGUUCGCUGUGCGAUAUUUACAAACUGGCCGAGUUCCAAAGUGUGGCAGCUAUUGGGACAUUGAAAGGUUUAAUAUUACACAGACAUUCCAACUACUGGAGGUAAAAUUUAGGGAGACUGUUCAGUGAAUUGAAAUCUAGUUUUUCUGGGGAAAAAUAAUAAAAAUUAAGUCUUCUGAAAUGAUUUCAGAAGACUAGUGAAAUGGCGUUUCCUACAUUUUGGGAAUAUAUUGUUUAAGUGAGCCUAUAUAAAUUGCCAUGAAGUAACUUCAUAAAAAGGUCAAGACAGUCUAUUAUGUUGCUAAAAACAGUAUGUUUACGAUUUUUUAACGAUAUUUCCUGAAUAUUCUGAAAAAUCGGGAGAAUUUGAUAAAAAUCGGGAGACCAGGAGAUUGCAUGAAUUUUCGGGAGACUCUCGGUAAAAUCGGGAGAGUUGGAAUGUCUGAUUACACCAUAAUUUAAAGCUUGGUUUUCAUAUGGUUCUAACUGUCAUGCACUGUUGCAAGUUAAUUUUGUUCCUAUAGGGAUUGUACAAGCAGCCGGUGUCAUUUUUAAAAAGACAAACUGUUGCCAUGCUGCCGUUUUUUUGUUUUCCAUUAAAAAAUAACCAUCAGAACAUAUUUUAGUCUGCCAUAACUAUGAUGGAGAUAGAACUUGAGUUUAUCUCGACGAUACUGUUGUGAACUGUUGCCAGCGUGUUGCGAUCAAGACUUUUUUUCACGUUUCCAUUUAGUUGUGAACACUACACUCGACGACACUAAUACAGCAUGUUUGUGACAAUUUGGUCGUUCCAGAAAAGAUCCAUACCCCCACAGAGGAAAUUUUUGCUGUCCGAAGGGGGAGGGAGGAAAAAUGUCUUAGGAUGUCCGAAGGGGGUGGGGGGGGGAGAGGAAAAAUGUGUUAGGAUGUCCGAAGGGGGGGAGAGAAAUGUGGUGGAUAUGUUUGACUGAAGGCGAUUUAAUGAGCACACAAUUUUUAUCAGCUAUAUGUAGCUCUUGAACACCGGAACGUUUAUGUAACAGCAAUAAUUAUACAUCUACGUAACUCGUAAGCAAAAUAAGCGGCCCACUUUUGCAUGCAUGGCCACCAAAAACUAACUCGCUGUAACAGCGUAUCCUGCAUGUUGAGAAUGAGUCGAAAAUUGACACGCUUUAUUUAUAUAAAAGUAAAGUUUUGCAGUUAUUGUUCGUAUAUAUAAGUUUGAAUUAUUCAAGUGUUAAAAAUAAUAGUUAUUAAACUGUUGCUCGAAUUAAGAGACUGCAAUGUGAACUGAACUCAAAACAAUUUGUUUUAGUAUAUAGUCAAUAAAGCUUCCUGGCGAGGUGCGUGUCUAGAAAAUAGAAAUGGCUUUCAUAUUAAGGUCUCUGGGGCGACGUUAAGGAAUGCAGUAAUACUAAAAAAUGCAUUAAUUUAACAUGUAAGUAAACAUAGCAACGCUUGUCAAUCAAUCGCAAGCACUGAGGUUGCAAGUUACAUCGAAUUUUACUUGAACGAAUUUCGAAGUGAAUUUCUGCAAAUUAUCCGACAAAACCUGCCACAUGUUUGUGUUUGCAAGUCACAAGAAGCCGCCAAGUGUUCCGCCACGCCGGAGCUAUUUGAAAACAGCGUAGAAAAGUCGCAAUAAGCCAUCGCUAAUUCACUCUACGCUGGAGCGAAAUCGUUUGAAAACUUUCACGUCACUUUUGCCGUAACAAUUUGAGCACAGUUUCUAAACAGAGCGAGGUGAACACGGCGGAGCGCUUGAUAGCUUCGUGUGAACACAAACGUGUAAACUCGAAUGCUUUUCAGUUAAAUUUCUUGGGUCUAUUUGAAAUAUUUUGGGUUUACACGAGUGCUAAUUCAAUUUGUAAACAAACUGUAAUGGCGUAGUGUGAACACACAUAAAUUCGGCCCGCAUUAGUUCGCUCGCGCGUAGUGUGAACGUAGUCUAAUUUUGGGUGACGUUUUCAAACGGCAAGGUAGCCUUUAGAAAAAUUUAGAAAUGGUGGAUGUCCAAAGGGGAGGGGGGUAAUUUUGGGCUUUGAUGUCCGGAGAGGGGGGGAGGAUGAACCAUUCAAGGAUGUCCGAAGGGGGGGAGGGGGUUAUUUUCGAUUUCCUCUGUAGGGGGGGGUUGGAUCUUUUCUGGAAUGACCCAUUAUGACCACAUGGAAACCACUCAACCAGACUUAAAAACAUACUAUUUUUCUUAAUUUUAGUUAUGUGAUAAUCUAUGAGAAAGGCUAUCAGUCAUCUAGUGUUGGACUUAGUUCUGUGACGACAAAACUCAAGGGAACAGCUUUGACUAAUCUGUCGAUAAAAUUUCCUGUCACAGUCGAUGGUAAAAACGAAUCAGGCACAAUCUUUGAUGGUCCUCGGAUCUGGGAUUCCUCUGAUUAUGUCAUACCUCCGGAGGUAAUUGCUGAAAGUAUAAUUUGAUUUCUACGAAAUAAGAAAAUUGUAACUCUGCUUAAACAACCUUCUGUUAAUGUUGGCCUAUUUCUAAUAUAGUCUUCUGUGGCCAACGUAUUCGGCAUUGGCAGUAAUAUACCUAUCAUAAUUAAUAGGGAUGAGCCGAUUAAUCGGUAAAUAAUCGGCAAAGUAAUAGGCCGUUUUUUAAAUAAUCGGUAAUCGGCCGAUUAUUGCCUGAUAAUCGGCAAAUAAUUGGCCAUAAGACUUUCUGCAGCUGCCGAUCACAUGCUAAAAUACUGAAUACAAGCGAGUAGAUUUUCACAUUUUGUUGCAAAACCUGUGUCUUUUGUCUCAAGCGAAGUGAAGCUGGGAACAUUUCCACAAAAAAAGGCAGCAGACUAGCUCCGCAUAGCUGACAGUGCCUUGUUUUUACACCAUAAUCUGCCAAAACUAAACUUUAACUAUUGACAUUGACAUGAUACAAUAUUUAAUUCUUGAAUUUGCUGAUACAUGACCUUGAAAAGUCCUUAAAUUUGACUCUUCCUCACAUGUAUGAACCCUGGAGAGGAAAAUCAAGCGCUCGAGCUUCGGUGGCAAAGUGGUUAGCGCACUUGCCUUUCGCCUCUAAGGUUGCAGGUUUGAAUCUCAAUGAGGACUUCUCAUUAGGCAGGUAUAAUAGUCGGACCGGAUCGCCAGUCCGCGUCGGAUCGGAUUGCCAGUCCACGUCGGAUCGUGCAGGUAUAAAAGUCGGACCCGAUUGUGAUCCGGGUCGGAUCAUGUAGGUAUAAAAGUCGGACCAGAUCCAUAGAUCACCGAAUCGCUAGUCCAGAAUUAAAGGAAAUAAAAUAUUGAUCAGUAAGGCAAACUGAUGCAAUAAUUUUCAAAAAAGUGGUCUAUAAAAAUCUAAUAACAUAAAAUGUUUUACCUUUGUCGCCAUCCAUUUUGCAGGUUUGCCACGCUGUUUCAAGGCCUGGUUCCACGAGCACUUUUUCUCGGCGAAAUGCAAAUUAUUUCGCCUGUUUUUUUUGAAUUGCGACUACUCGAAUAAAUUAUUUUGUACUUGUUUGCUCACAACUGAAAAGAAACAGGCGAAGUAUUUCGCAGUUCGCCGAGAAAAAGCGCCUGUGGAAUCAGGCCUUGCCUUCACGCUGUGUAAAUAACGCGGGAAAGAAUGCAAACUUCCUUUUGUGUAAGUAACAUUUCCCUGAAUAUCCUGAUAUUUCUAAAUUUUCUAAAAAUCCGACCUAAUCCGACUUGGUCCAACCUGAUCCGACUCGGACCACAAUCCGGUCCGACUUUUAUACCUGCCUCUUCUCAUUGUGACUCGAACCCAGUCCUAAUGUGAAAAGAGUAAGGCAACGCUCUGCCGAAAGUUGUGGGUUUUCUCCGGGUACUCUGUGUUUUCUCCCACAGGGAAAGUUGACAGGGUGGGUUAGGCACAUAAGGUCUGGAGGCAGAUCAUUAAUGAGGUAUGGACUAAUAGCGGCUGGUCAAGCGCCAUUUGUAAGCUCAAGAUCUACCUCGGUCUGCUUCACGUCAGUUCGGUUGAUCUAUCUAAUCAUAAUGUAAACCUUCUGCAAUUCAGUGUAUGCUGCCAUGGAAGUUCAAAAAUAUACUAAUUCAACUGCCAUUUGUGUGGGUAGUGAUCUGUGAUCACACGAUUACUCUGUUUACACUUGAAUUCGCAAUCGCUGUCAUACUGUACCCAUGCUUUUAAACUUUACUGGAGAUUAGGUUGCCUAGUUAAAACUUUUGAUAUUUUUGAGAUGCAAAAAAUCAAAUAUUGAUAUUUUUGAAACAUUGAUAUUUAUCGAAAAUAUUGAUAUGGAUAUCGCAUCACCAUUGUGUUUUCAGGAAAAUGAUGCAGUUUUUGUGAUGACAAACAUGAUCAUAACACCACGACAGAAACAAGGAAAAUGUCCUGAGGAUGACCAAUAUGUCCAAGCUAGAUGUGUCCUUAAUAAUAAUGGUUCUGAUUGUACAGAAGGAGAGGAAGUUAUUACAGGACAUGGUUAGUAGGCCAGUGUUUCCAAUCAUGCUGUGUGGUACUACGGAUGUCACCUGGUUUGCAAGUUAUUAUUUUACAUGGAAGGACAAAUGUCUGACCAAGUCAAAAAUUGGUCGGAUGUUUAUCGAUUUGUUUCGGACAACAAAAAUUUUUUAAAAUUUUUUACAAAUUAGCAUGUUGUUUUUUCAGUGCCGUAGCAAGCUUGAUAAUUGGGAGGGGGAAUAUAUAUUCAUAUAUUUGUGUUCACAGACCAUAAAAACAAUCGAUUUUAAAAGAAAUUAAUAAUGCAGAACACGUAUACGAAUAAUUAUAUGAAUAUCCCCCCCCCCCCCAAAUUAUCGAGCUUGCUACGGCACUGUGUUUUUUGCUUGGUCAUGUUAGUCUGCACUGCAAUGCAUCUAAAACUGAGUAUGUAUCUACCAGUCCUAAUGCAUCAGUAAAUUAUAGUUCCGGUUAUAUACACAACUUUAAUUUCUACCGUGUUAUAUACAAAGGUGAUGUAGAUUUCUAAUUAAAUCUUACGGCUUAAUGCAGCAAGAAAUUGUGGAGAAGUGCUGUCUAUAUUGCUUUCUUGUUGGUUUCAUAAAAAAAUGUUGAAUAAACAAUUUUUUUAGAUUGAAGAUUUUUUGACCAGCCCAAAUUGGUCGGGAAAAGCUGUAAAACAGUCAUAAAAAGCUUUGAUCGGACAAAAUGUAAAAUUUGGCCGGACAAUGUGCGACAUAAUUUGACCAGCAGUAAUUUGCAGGCUUGUGUUAAUGAAGUGUGUGAAUGCAUAAAAAAAUUUACUUGUCUAAGGUCAAUGGGUUAAAACAUACAGUAACUUGCAUUACAACACCCCAAUGCCUCAGAAUACUAUACAGAACUCCUUCUCCAUUGUAUUUUGUGUUAGCACCAUUCAUCUUGAUUCGUCACUCAGCCGGUGCCAUAAACAGAAGCAGUCACCCCCUGAAUGUGCACCAUUUUGAGUAUUUCCAGGGGGGGGGUGACUACUACUGUUUACAGUACUUGCUGACUGACGAAUCAUGACGAAUAGCGCUUACAGUAUGCAAAAAGCAAUGUACAUUAGAUGGACUUCUGUAUAGUAUUCUGUGCCAAUGCAUCUUACUGUACUUGUAUUUACUCUGUGAACACCAAAUUAUUUUACUCUGUUUAAUGCCAAAUGACUAUUAAUUCAUAAAUAUGACAUCAUAAUCUCAGUCGACCGAGUAAAAGUGAUGUCAUUCAUAUACCUGAUAACGAUUAUUGGUCAAUCACUAAAUUGGAUAAUUUGCUGAAUGAUAUAAAUUGUUUUAAUUAUUAGGACAACACUAAAUAACAGAUUCCAGGUGAAAUAUACUAAAUACUUUAUAUUUAUGUCAGGCAUUAUGACCGGCGAAUGUGUAAAGCUUGACAGGCCACGUACAGCCAACGACACUUAUAAUGGAAUGUGUGAAAUAUACGCCUGGUGUCCUGUGGAAUAUGACGUGCUGCCCAUGCCAGGGACUAAUUCUGGUUAUCUGUUAAAAAAGUUUGUAUACUAAGUUUAUUUUGUUCGUAAUACCAUUUGGAUCUAGGGCUUCAAACUUCAACAACAAAAAACAUGGCGCCCAACUUCGCCAUGGCAAAUCCGUCCAAUGCACGUGCACAUGACUGGAAAAUCCUUACAGUAGCUACCAUACUGUAAAGUGUAAACCUCCGAAUAUAAGCCCUCCACCUUGUGUAUAAGCCCACCGCAUUUAUAAACGCUCACCUCAUUCCAAAUAUAUAAGCCUUCCCCCGAAUAUACCCCCACUCCUGGAAUGUAAGUCCCCUGAAUAAGCCCAGUAGGCCACUACAUUAUUUGUCUUUUAAUAUAGCAGAGAACAAUAUUUAAAAACUUCAAAUGUCAUUGUCUUUAUAGCUUACUAUUUUAAUCAUACGGUCUGUAUAACCUAUAGGUGUAUUUUAAGACAAAACAUUUUUGUCACAAUUGUUUUAGAGAUAAAUGCUUACUGCAACAGGCUAUAAACUUCACAAUAUUGAUAAAGAAUACUGUACAGUUUCCAAGCUUUGGAGUCCGAGUGUAAGUAUUCAUUGUUACCUCGUUUAUUUGCUGCAGUUAGUGCUAUAAAUGAUAUUGGCCGUAUUUACUGUAUGUUAAGGCGGCUUUCCAGUCCUCACACGAAGCUCCUUGCAGCUCGCUGCAAGUGCUUGCAUCUAAUUAAAAUUAACCGUUUUGUAUUGUAUUGUGAUUGGAUGAAAGUGCUCAUGCAUGCACUCGCAGCGAGGAGCUUUGUGCGAGGACUGGAAAACCACCUUUAGAAGACGGCAGGGCCGCCGAGAGCUUCGCGGGGGCCCGGGGCAAAAAUUUUUUUAGGGGCCCGGCCCUAUUGCAAAAAAAUUUUCCGGAAAAAAAUUUUUCGGGCAAUAAUUUCUUUUUAGGUAAAAAAUUUUUCAGGACAAGUUCGUUGUAAUUGCUUUAAUACCAAAUUUCGGUACUUUGCCUCCAAAACACAUAUCGGCCCGAAAACAGAAAUAUUUCGCCCGAAAAAAUGACUGGGGCCCAACAUUAAAUUUUUAGGGGCCCUUGGGGCCUGGGGCAAUUUGCCCCCCCUCCUCCACCUGCCUCUCCCCCCUCUCGGCGGCCCUGGAAGACAGCUACAACGUCUGAGACAACUUAAACGUCUGAGACGUCCAAGGUCAUUAAGUGUGUUCUGGCUUCGAUGGCACGGUUGUCUAAGUAUUUAUUUCAAUAAAGUGAAAUUUGAAUUAAAAAUUUUAUUGGUUGGAUAUACAGUAUGCUCUUUUAUUUUGACUUAAGUUUUGUCUUUGGGAAUGUAUAAAAAUUAACUUAUGGAGCGGUUUUGAUUGAAAAAUUUAAUCUACAGGGUGUUCCAAAAAAAACUGCAAAACCAUUGAAAUAACGUAUUGUUAAAAUUUGAAUGCGGCCCUAGCACUAAGCUGAACACAAAGAUGUAUAAAAUAUUGACAAGGGUGCAUAUAUUCAAUAUUGACUUAUUAAGAAAUUAAAAUUAUCAUAUCUUUGUAAAGUGCACGAUUUUCUGCCCCAGGGAAUUUAAAACAGCUUCUUAAACGGUUUCUCUAUGCAUAAAAUUUACUUACGUCAAGCUUUGAUGCACAUGUGGGUUCAGCAGAGUGCUGAGGCAUUCAAAUUCCAACAAUACGUUGUUUCAGUAGUUUUCAGGUUUUUUGGGAGCACCCUGUAUACAUAUUCAAUGACUCUGGGGAAUCAAAUUCAAUGCAAUGUUCCAAGAAAGAAACUUCGCUUGUGUUUUAUAAAUAUAUGCCUUGUUUUUAAGAAAGGACCAAAGAUAGUGUAAUAGCUCUUUUCGUGUUUAAGUUAUAUACUAAAUCAAACAGGAGAAUUUUUUGAGCCACCCGGUACAGUAUAUUGCACUAACUGUAUAUCACAAAAGGUUUGUCUGUACUUACUGUACUUUGUGUAUUUUUCAGACGUAACAUAAAUGACAAUCAAAACAAGUCGUACUUGACAAGAUGUCAAUACAGCUCGGACAAAGAAAAUCGACUAUGUCCAAUUAUUAAGUUGAAAACAAUUUUUGAUGAAAUUUCUGAUACUGCCUUUGAAGAUGCCGCGAUUAAGGUAAGUUUAAAAUGCAUGCAUCUUCAAUUGAUGUUGACCAUUUUGAAAUGAAUAUAUAACUGGAACGCUAUAGUACUUCUUUUAAUAAGUAAGCAUAUUUUAUAUUCUUUUUAAAGUAAGCUUUGGGCAAACUAGGAUACAUUGUUGCGGAAACAUUUGUGAUUCUCAAUGUUUCCUCAAAAGUUUCCAAGUUUGCCCACCCAUUUCCUACCUAGGCUUGGGCGGUUUUGAUUUACUGGUAAACUGUCCGGCUUAAAACCGAUUAAACCGUAAAACCGGUUUUUGUGACUUUUUCAUUUUCUAACGUAGGAUUUUUUUUGAAAUUCUAAUUUGACAACAUUUUCAUCAGACCUACGUUUCGCCCUUUCGUCCACCCGCGAAUUUUAGGGCGGCGAAACGUAGGUCUGUUUUCAGGCUAGCGCAGUAAAAACUACCUUAGGUUUUCCCGCAGAAGUGAGACCUUUGUACUGUAUGUACUUACUCUAUUGUUCGGGUUACAGUGACCGAGUGUCGACUGUCGAUUUACUUGACUGUUCGCAAAAACAUUUUCAUUGAUCUCUUGGGAUCCCAGAAAGUAGGCUGUUGCGGUAUUUGAAAAAACCGAAAACCGAUACCGGAAAAAAAUACCGAUAUAUCGAUAUUUUUCGCGAUUGUAUUUUGCUUAAUUUUAUGCAAAAUCAGCUUAAUUUUAUGCAAAAGUUUCUGUUUUCAAAUUAUGCCAAACAGCCACGAUAUAACAACAGCUUUGACUCGUCGGAUGCGUGAUAUUUUCAAUAAAGUGUGAGCCAGUGAUCAGUAGCCUGUGAAACGUCCGCUUUAAGAAUUGAAAAUGCAUAUUACUUAUUAGCAUUGAUUACCGCACAGGGUGAAUCGUGCAUGUGUGAUAUUUUUGAAUGGGAAAUUGUUUCAAAACAUUUUAUUCAACUGCGAAUUCGAAACAAACGUCGUCCUAUAGCCUAGUUUCCAUUUGGUCGUUGGUUGUCGCUGGCACGACAAUUAAGUGACUGAUGUAAUAUAAGUGUCAACAAAACUUUACAAAACUUUGCAAUCAUUAAGACUGGUUUGCAUAUAACACACAAAAAGACUAUUAUUAUAUUAGACUAUUUCACAUCUACCGCUUGUCGUGCCAGCGACAACUAACGACCAAAUGGAAACUAGGCUUAUCUGACCGGAUAAACGUCGAAUGAGGUAUAGUUUUUGUUUUUCUAAAACAUUUGUAUAUCUACCGUUGUUCACGUUCUAAAAAUCCAUUUUUUGGCAAGCGCAAAAUGACUUAUUACACCUUGCAACGCCAACGUAUCAACAAACACGUUUUAGAUCUGCUCUAACCUUAAUUUACGGAUUUUACCGAGUUUAUUUUUACGGAUUUACGGAGUUAGCACAUUGAUCGUCUUUGUCCUUCUGAAAUAACUCCAAUCAGCGCUUGAAAAAGCUUGAUAUAGGACGUUUAAAUAUACAAAUGUAAACGUGAUAUCGAUAAUACCGAAAAAUAUCGAUAUGCCGAUAUAUCGAAAAUUUCAAUAUCGAGUAAUCGGUAUUUAUAAAAACCGAUAAUUAUCGGUAUAUCGAUAUACCGCAACAGCCUACCAGAAAGUAAAGUAUUUUUGCACCCCUCAUGAACCCACCAAAUAAAUGUUGCAUUUUGGGACUUACGUUGUUUGCUUUCGUUGUAUUCUCAGGGUGGGAUUGUUGCAAUUAGAAUCAAAUGGGACUGUAACUUGGAUCACGACAUCAGUGAUUGCCUUCCGCAUUACUCAUUUAGCAGGUAAACAGUACUGUACUGUGUGAUUGUUUAAAUGUUCGUUCCUGAGCUCGCAAAUCAUGAUCAUGCAGGGGUUACCAGGGUGCGAUAAUUCAAAUUUUUUAGCCGUACCUGAAUUCUCCAGGGCACGUUAGUAUACAACGUCACUCUGCAUGGGGAAUGAUUUUGCAUUUAUUGCUGUAAAUAUGCCUCGAGUAUAAUUGUCUCGUGCAUCAAGCCAAGUGCCACGAGAUUUUCCGUCGGUUACUUUGUUUGUAUACUUGAAAUAUCAAUUCUGCUCUUCUUCUUCCACUCUAAGCUUUCAAACAAUGUUAUUUUUCCUCAAUCUGGUCUACUUUAUACAGCCUGGUUAUUUUCGAAAACGACGUAUACCACUUCGUGAAACCGAUUUUAGUUAUUUGCCAUCUUAAAUCGUGAAGUUGAAGUUAUCUUGUCAAAGAAUGAAAAUAGUGAUAAAUUAUAAUUUGGUCACAGAGCUCAGUUGUGUUGCUAUCUAAUCAAUAAACACUUAUGGUCUAGUUAAUUUGGAUGACUUUUACGCCUGUAUGCUGACAGCUCACUCACACUCAAAGAGUGAAGGUUCAAUCUGAGCUUACCUUGAGUGUCGGUGCUGUUUAGGGUGAGUAGUCACAUAGUAAGAUACGACACCAACCCUCCAGCUAUUCAAAAACAGCACUGGUACUCAAGGGAAGCUCACAAUGAACCUCCACUCUUUGAGUGUGAGUGAGCUUUUACAAUACAGGCGUAUAAGACUCCCCAUAGAUCGCUCCCAUGCACAGCCUACUCUAUCAACACAGCCAUGCACCUAUUCAGAAUAAUUCUGAAAGCCCUGUAAUAGUAGUAUUUUCAGUUUAGAAUUUAUUAAUGUGUAAUGUUUCUUGAAGGGAAAUGGCAAUAUAUUUUUUUUAUUUUCUCAUUUGAAAGAACUUUUAAGACUAUAUGCCCCUAUAUAAUACUCUUUCAUCAUUUUUUCGUAUCUUGCUUACUGUACUUCUACAAAUAAUUUGAUCGAAAGGAAUGAAAUAUCCGCCAUCUUCAUUUUUUGUAGAGAUGCACGUCACGUCACAACAGGGUUCGCGCAAAAUUUUUAUCUGUAGACAACCACUAAUCGUUUUGCACUCAAAACCUUACUCAGCAACGAAUACACUUUUAUAUGGUUAAUCCCUGUUGUGACAUCACCAAAACUACCAUUAAUGCGAUCAAAAAUUUAUCCAGGAUGGCAUUACUUCAAGUGAAAAUAUUAAUUUCAAGAACCAAGCAAGAUAUGAAAUAGUUUCAAAAGUUCUUUCAAAUGAAGAAAAUAAAGAUUUGUAUUGCCAUUUCCUUUUAACCACCAAUUAUUUCUGCUUCAGAAUGGAUAAUGCAGACGCCUUAAUAGCUAAAGGAUACAAUUUCAGGUAAGAAUUAAUGUACUUAUACGCUUUUGAAAAAAAAAGCAAAACCAAUACUGAGACUAUUUCAAUAAGUUCAUUCGCGUUUGAUAUUUUUCUUGUGCUGUUGUAGAUUUGCAACAUACGAUGUUGAAAAUAAUACCCAAUAUAGGACAUUGAUAAAGGCAUAUGGUAUAAGAUUUGUCAUAUUGGUUGAUGCCAAGGUACAGUAUGAUUACUUCAAACAUUGAAGUCAAACUUUAUUUUCAAUUGGUAUAUAGCUACGAGUGAAUGAGAAAACUUUUCUCAAAUGUUCUUGUCUUUCAGGCAGGCAAAUUUGACAUAAUUCCGCUACUUCGUAAUCUGGGAGCUGGAUUAGCCCUACUUAGUGUGGUAUGUUGAAAGGAAAUACUCAACUCUUAAUUUUUCAUUUCAAACAUGACAGUACCCUAUAUAAAUGCAUAUGGCAGUACUCCCAAUAUAUAACAAUUUAAUCAAAAUUUAAUGUUUAGUAACUGGUCUAUGACUGCCUUUGUUAUGGUAAGGUCCGUCUGUGAAUGUUGAUGCAUGACACCUACUGUGAAGAAGCCUUACUGCCUUAGGCUUUUUUCGAAGAGCGUCUCCCCCUAACAACAACAGCAACAGCAACAACAACAACAACAACAACAACAACAACAACAACAACAACAACAGCAGCAGCAGCAACAACAACAACAACAACAACAACAACAACAACAACAACAACAACAACAACAACAACAGCAGCAACAGCAACAACAACAACAACAUCAGCAGGGAUUGGGGACCAGUUCUUGGUCCAAAAAAAAGGCAGACAUUUUCCUGUAUACGGAAUAGAAUACAGUACCUCACCACAAUAGAAUACUGUCCUUUAUUCUUCCAGGCAACAGUGAUGUGUGAUAUCUGUGUGUUGUACUUACUGAAGAAGAAAUAUUUCUACAGAAAUAAGAAAUAUCAAUAUGUCGACGAUCCCGAUGCGAGCACGAGCGAAGACGAGGCAAGUUUUCCAGUACGUUUAUUGAAUACUGCAGCAUAUAUAUGAGGGCAGUGCAGCAGUGUCAAGUAACGAAGUAAAUGUACUUCGUUUCUGUACUUGAGUACUGUUUUUUGAGAAGUGAGCAUGUAACAAAGUAAACUUUUUCUGGAGUACUUUUACUUGGAACGAAGUCGUUUUAAGAAGUAACGUUUUACUUCGUUAUUUUCAUUUUGUGGCGAAGUAUCUCGUUACUUUCUAACUUUUGUUUAAUUUUACGUGAUUUAUUUCUGAUUUAUUUUAAUUUCGGGAUAGGUAAUACAACCUCUACAUGCGUCUGGGAUCUCUCGUUUGUGACUUACUUGUAAGCAUUAUUUAUUUAAUGGAUUUCGUAUAUCUUCAACGGGGUCUGGAAAGUAGACCAUGCCGUGAAAUAUUGUAUAUUCGGUGCACGCAUAUAAUGCGCGUGCUGUUUAGUGUCUUUUGUAUGUCAAUCCAUUGGAGAAGUCCCCCUCCCCCUCUACACGCUACAGACAAUAGUACUUUUACUUUCACUUUGUACUUCAAGUAUUUUUUAAGGAUACUUUGUACUUUUUACUUAAGUACGUUUUGCUUCCAGUAAUUUUUACUCUUACUCAAGUCAUUUUAUUGUUAAGAGGCAAUUUUUUCAGUGUCACGUAUUCGCAAUGAAAAGUGUUCAAAACCUAAAAUCUUUUUGGCGUUCCUCUCAAAAUUACUUUGUUUUAGCUUUAUUCUCUAGUUUAUAGAGUUAGCUACCUUUUUAAAUGCAUCUGCCGGUUGAGAAACAUAAAAUAAUAGUUGAAAAUUGUCAAUUAAAAUAUAAUUAUCAGUGAUGCUUUAUAAAACUGACGCCAUAUUUACAGUCAUAUAAGCAAAACUUACUGAACUUCAGACAUCAUUUUCUCAGUUUGGCGUAUCAUCUAAAAUCUCUUCAUUUUAGCAUUAUUUUACAGAUAAAGCACUAAACAUACUAAGUUUGUUUGCCGAUUGAGAAACGUAUCGAAAAAUAAAAAUUUUGAAUUUAGACAUAACCUCAAGUGAUAUAUUAUACGCAUUAUUUUUGAGCGCGUGUUACGUAACAAACAAAAAAAAUCUAUUAAUUACUUCUACUUUUACUCGAGUACAAAUUCAAAGUAAUUUAGGCACCACUGGGGCAGUGGGUACGUCUUCCAUUUUAACUGUUUCUAAAGGUAGGAUCUUCCAAAAAUACAAAUUUCCUGUGUAUUAAAGUCAAAUAGAAAACUUCCUGUAUAUGUAUAGAUGUCAUGCAGGGAACGUAUCGUGCCGAUCAUUGUGACAAACUUCGAUCUUGGCUUUUGGAAUCAAAACCAUUUUGGAAUUUUUAAGCAAUAACUAAAUUAUGUUUGUGAUGUUACUCUGAGUGUGUGUAUCCACACCGGACAGAUCAGAGUAACAUCACAAACAUCAUAUUCACCUGAGUACAUGCAUCACAUUAACAACACAGAAAAAGUAAGUAAAUUAUACUGCAGCAUGUAUUUCUCUAAGGGCAGUGGGCACGUCUUCCAUUUUAACUGCUUCUAAAUGUAGCAUCUUCCAAAAAUAAAAAUUUCCUGUGUAAGUCGAAUAGAAAACUUCCAGCAUGUGUAGAUUUCAGAGAACUUAUUGUGUCGCACAUUUUGAUAAACUUCAAUUUCAGCUUUUGGAAUCAAAACGCUUUUUGGAAUUUUUUAAGGUGAUCUACAGUCCGAUCUGCGCAUGUGCACAAAUGAGCCCACUUUUUAUGAUACAAACAGAUUAACUAUGUUUUGAGUUCUUGAAAAGCCUGAUUGUUGUUUCUUGAUCAUUUAUUAUACUCUAGAAGCAAGCUUGAAAAUAUAAAUAGUUGUCGAAUAAAGCUCAAUAUUUUGGACACAAAAAUGUAAACAAAGGCUUUGUUUACAUACGGACUGUAGAUCACCUUUAAACAAUAGCAAAUCAUAUUGCAUUCCAGUAUAUGAGAUGACAACAAUUUCCUGCAAGGUGUAAGAACAUUUUGUGCCAAGAUAUUUUGUUAAACAUUUCCUGGUAGCGGUGCUGCUGGCGCUGCCAGACAUUUUCGAGCACUGCAGUUAAGUCAGCAUCAGUCCUUGUUCUGUCAUAUUUCCCCGCCAUCCGUAACAUGUCAUGGGUUGAUAUCAAGAUUUUGUUGGCAUCUCACGUAUAUUACAUUUCUUACUUUUUCCACUGUCUACAGUACAGUACAGUACAGUACAGUACAUUGUAUGCAAUAACAAAUCCCCUUGUCUAGCUCCUACUGUUUCAUAAUAUGUCAAUCAUUAGAGGGGUGUGUCUACAACACUACAUGAAUAAUAGUUAUAUAAGUUGAAUGGUUUUGGAGAUGGAAAUUAAAUUUCCAUUUUAAAAUUUCCAUUUACAAAACCCUCCUUCAAUCGAAUGAGAUGCCAACAAAAUCUUGAUAUUUACCAGUGGCGAAGCCAGCCCGACAAUUUGGUCAUGCUAUGCAAGUUAUAAAUCAUUAUUCAUUUCGUAUGAACACGGAAAUAUUUGCAUAGCAUGACCAAAUUGUCGGGCUGGCUUUGCCACUGAUAUUUACCAAUAUCUUAACAUGGCAGUACCCUAGGAUAUAUACAAAAACUUGUGUGGUUAGAGCUCGAUAACUGGACUCUGUAGAUCAGUUGGUUAGAGCGCUGCACCGGAAUCGCAGGACUGCAGGUUUGAUUCCUGCCAGGGACUUAAGUUGCAUUUUUCGCGGCUGUUCCUGGUUAGGUGUAAUAAAUGUAUAUAAAUUUCCACUCAAUAAUUCCCAUCUACAUGCAAUACCCUUCAACAUGCCAUGGGCCAUUUCUUUUUAAACUUAGACAAAAACUGAAGAACGCCCCGACAGGGAUCAGUACGAAAAUAUGAACGACUAAUAACGGUAUAGAUAUAGCGUAUAAUAUGUUAAUUAGAUGGUACUGCACAUGACCUUUCCAAGCCCAAGCCGUCUCAACAUUAAACCGUAAUUCCAUAUAGACGCUGUGAUUUUUGCCCAGUUUCCAAUUUGGCUACGCUUAUCUUUAAAGGCACAGUUCAGCCUUUUGAUUGAUGGUUUUUAAAGCGCAUUUCAGCCCUUUUAUAUCAUUGAAAAAAAAAAACUAACUAGGAAAAUCAAUUAUGCAUAAUUCAAGAUCCGUAAACUCAGUGUUUUUAACAAUAAAAGUUGUUUUAAAAUGUUAAAAACAUCAAGUUUGCUGAUCUUGAAUAAUGUUUAAUUGAUUUUCCUACUUAGUUUUUUUAAAUUAAGAGGGCUGAAAUGCGCCUUAAAAACAAUCAGUCGAAAGGCUGAACUGUGCCUUUAAUAAAAGUUCAAUAGCCAACUCGCCUUCAUGGACAAAAGUUGUGAAAAGUUACAUUGCUGAUUAUCGUUUUCUUUUCAGAUGAAGACAAGCGAUGGCUCCGAAAGCCAAAAGGGAAACUAUGGUACUUUGGAGAACGAAAAAUGAGAAAAUGCGGAGGAAAAUGAAGAAUUAUGACAGGUUUGAAUGCCGCAAUUGUAUUUGAUUGCGAAGGUAACUAUAUAUAAACUAAUCGUAAAAUUCAGAAACAAAAUUGAGGGAUUUUUAAAUAUAUUUAGUAAAUUAAUUGAGAAAAUCAAUUUGCUGAAAGGUUACUGCGAAAGGUUCAAGUUGCUUUACAUAGGUUGCUGUAACUACAAAAGUAGCUCCAAUCGCGGGCGGUGCCGAAUGUAAGGUUCUGUAUGUUGGAUAUAACUAAAAUAAAAAUAGACCACAUAGUUGUCGAUAGACCUUUAUGUACUACUAAAACUGUCUGUACCAGUAUAGGUAGUAGCAAUGUGAAAAUGCUGUGCUGAGUGGUUAUAUUACUACCUUAAAAAAUAAGCAGAAACUCGACGUUUCGAGCGAAGGCCCUUCGUCAACAGUUAUGCACUACGUUUGUGAGUCAAUUUAAAAUUUGAUGUUAGUAAAAAUUAGAUACCAGAAAUUUGAAGGUUUUAUUUUGAAAACUGUGGUACUAGCGCUAUUUUUAAAAACAAUAAUAUGAACUUCGAAAUUUUAUCAGAAAAUAUAUGGGGAUUGAGGCUUCACAACGGCGCCAUUGCCACAGUUUUUAAAAUAUUAUAGUCUUCAAAUUUUAUGUACAAUUUGGACCUGCUGUUUUCAUUUCUGACAUAUUGUACAGGGCAGGAAAAACGAAUUUUCGUCCUGGUAGCACAACCUGGAGACAAAAAUUUCCUGCAGACCAACGGAGUAAUUUUUGUGCUAAAUCUGCAUGUGCAUAAACAUAGUGUUCUAGCUGACCAUGGUUUUCAAUUCAAGGAAUAUUGUCUGUCAACCAUUCUGUCAACCAUAUGUUGUUGCGCCCAUAGUGGGACAUGUUAAGGUUUCUUUCAAAUUUUCAAUAUAGCCAAUCUUCAUUCAAACGAAUUUCCUGCAGCUGUUUAACAUUUCCUGCGAGCAGUGCUCGCCUAUUUUUUCCACCCCUGAUAUUGUAGUAUCAAAUUUCAAAUUGACUCCAAAAGCGUGAUGAAGGUCUAUUAAUUUGGUGUUAAGCAUGCUAGAAUAGCACGCAACCCAUUUGGAAGUAAAUUACAGUCAAUCAAUCAAUAUUUAUAUUAGAUUACAAUAACUAAAAGUAAAUUAUAUAAUCAUAGAUUGUCAUAUAACUGAUGUCAUUAAUGAAGAAAUAUUGCAUAUAUCCCGAAUUAUCAAGGUCAAGAUAAUUGUUACUAACGAAUACAAAGGCUAAGAUUGUAUAAAAAACACUUACCGAGACCUUGAUAGUUCAAGCGGAUAGCACAAAAACCGAGUUUAAUAAUUAUUUUUCAUCGUAUUGUUUAAUACUUAGAUUCGGACUUAAAGUGCACCUAACCCAAAUUAUUUUUAUCAUCUCAUUCUUAAGAACUUCGGAAAUGAUAUGAUAACUUAUUUUGAAGACUUUCGUUUGCUCACUUUGUUUCUGAGAUAAUUUCAGUUUGUUUGGUAUGCAAAUAUCUGGAAUUUACGUCACAAAUGCGCAAUGAUUUAAAGUAAAAGCUUGCAUGUAUAUGUCGUAUUCACUAUCGAGUUUAAUUCAUUAAAAUGAAGUUUGGAGUUGUGAGAGGAUUACAUACCUACAUGUAAAACACCAUUUAGCCUUUUUUUAUUUCAUAAUAUUUAAAUGUACCAUUCUUUGAUCAGUCAUUCAUAUGUGACGUAAAUUCCGGACAUUUGCAUAUCAAUAAAACUGAAAUAACUCGAACAAAGUGAGCAAACGAAAAUCUUCAAAAUAAACAAUAAUUGAGGUUAGGUGACUUUAAAUAACAAUACAAACUGAAAUGCCAUGAAACGUUGUUGCUUAGCGAAUCAAAAGACACAUAUAUAGUGUUUAUAAUGUAUCAAUAAUAAAGUUUUAGUUAAUUUCACACACUCGGUAAUAUAGAUUCGAUGAAAUUAGUGAAUUAAAUUUCUAAAUCUUGGACUUUCUUUAAGAUUGUCAAUCGGCCUUCUGAUAUGUUUUUAACCAUUACUGUUCGUGUUGUCUCUUCUGAUUUGUUCAGUCUUGACAAUUCCUCUGAUAUUUUUUUUAUCUUUUCUGAGAAGACACUGGCCGCCCUUUAUAGGAGGGAAAGACAGCGAUUAAAUUUUUGAAACAAUUGUAAUUGUAACAUUUAUAUAACUGUAAUUUAUA